AUGGUCCUGGCCACCUACUGUGACCACUGUUAUGGCUCCUUCUGUGACCACUGUUAUGGCUUCUACUGUGACUACUGUUAUGGCUCCUACUGUGACUACUGUUAUGGCUCCUACUGUGACCACUGUUGUGGCUCCUACUACUGUGACCACUGUUGUGGCUCCUACUGUGACCACUGUUAUGGCUCCUACUACUGUGACCACUGUUGUGGCUCCUACUACUGUGACUACUGUUAUGGCUCCUACUGUGACCACUGUUAUGGCUCCUACUACUGUGACUACUGUUAUGGCUCCUACUGUGACCACUGUUAUGGCUCCUACUGUGACCACUGUUAUGGCUCCUACUACUGUGACCACUGUUAUGGCUCCUACUACUGUGACCACUGUUAUGGCUCCUACUACUGUGACUACUGUUAUGGCUCCUACUGUGACCACUGUUAUGGCUCCUACUGUGACCACUGUUAUGGCUCCUACUGUGACUACUGUUAUGGUCCCUACUACUGUGACCACUGUUAUGGUCCCUACUGUGACCACUGUUAUGGCUUCUACUACUGUGACCAGACUGUCAUGACCCCCACUACUGUGACCAGACUGUCAUGA